CUCUUAAAUGAAAACUCACCAAAGAACUCUAGCUAGCUAUUUUUCUAAAGCAUUUUCUAAGUUCAGACUCAUUCUCUUCAGCUCCUUUUUAUAUACACAGCAGCAUUUCAAAACUCUCAAGUGUCAUGGAAAGAACCACUAGCAUUCCCCUUCAGCCCCCAACUUAUGGAAACCUAAUCACUGUUCUAAGCAUUGAUGGGGGUGGAAUAAGAGGACUUAUCCCAGGAACCAUCCUUGCUUUCCUAGAAUCUGAGCUUCAGAAGCUGGAUGGUGAGGAUGCAAGACUUGCCGACUAUUUUGAUGUGAUUUCAGGAACAAGUACAGGUGGUCUUGUGACUGCCAUGCUAACAACUCCAGAUGAGAAUAACCGUCCUGUAUUUGCUGCCAAAGAUAUAAAGGAUUUCUACCUUACUGAGAUCCCUAAAAUCUUCCCCCAGAAUACUUGUUGGUUGUUUCCUUAUAUUACGAAGAUUAUCAAAAGUCUAACAGGACCAAAGUACAAUGGGAAGUAUCUGCAUAGCUUGGUUAGGCAAAAGCUUGGUGAAAAAAAGCUCCACCAAACAUUGACUAAUGUUGUCAUUCCUACAUUUGACAUAAAGAAUCUCCAGCCAACAAUCUUUUCUAGCUUUGAGGUGAAACAUAAGCCAUCUUUUGAUGCCUUAGUCUCAGACAUAUGCAUUGCAACCUCAGCAGCACCAACUUAUCUUCCAGCUCAUUAUUUUGAAACCAAGGACCACAACGGAAAUGUUAGAGAAUUCAACCUAAUCGAUGGUGGAGUGGCUGCAAAUAAUCCGACUUUAGUUGCUAUUGGUGAAGUGACAAAGCAAAUAAUCAGGGGUAGCCCGGACUUCUUUCCUAUCAAACCUAUGGAUUAUGGACGAUAUCUAGUCAUAUCAUUAGGAACUGGCUCACCAAAAGCUGAAUUGAAAUAUGAUGCACAUGAUGCUGCUAAAUGGGGCUUAUUGAAUUGGUUAACCAGCGGAGGCUCGACACCGAUCAUCAAUGUUUUCAGUCACGCAAGUGCUGAUAUGGUUGAUCUGAACCUUUCUGUGGUUUUCCAAGCCCUUCACUCGGAGAAAAAUUACCUUCGAAUUCAGGAUGACAAGCUGCAUGGGGACGUAUCUUCUAUGGAUAUAGCAACAGAGAAGAAUUUGGACAAUCUUGUGAAAGUUGGUGAAGGCCUAUUGAAACAACCUGUUUCUAGGGUUAAUUUAGAGACAGGAAAAUUCGAAGCUUGUAAUCAUGAGACUAAUGAAGAAGCUCUUAUAAGGUUUGCAAAACUACUCUCUGAAGAGAAGUGGCUUCGUCUUGCAAAGUCGCCACAGGGUCAAUGUACUGCAAAACCCAACUGAUCAUCAAAUACACAUUUUAAUCUUUGUGUACACAGCUCAUGAUUCUUUGAUUCAGUAUAUUUUCAAGUAGUAAAUUCAAUGUCUGUAAGUUUUUAGGUAUGGGAGGAGCCAAUAAUCCAACAUACUAAAUUCUUUAAUAUUCUUUAUGUAAUCGAAUAAAUCCCCGGUGGGGUUGCAAAUGUAUCCCUUAAUUCUAUUAUUUUGUUGUGAUUCAUCAAAAUUAAAAUUAAAAGUAUAUUGCAAGCAAAAA